CAGCAGCGCAGGAGGAAGAAGAAAGUAUCUGAAAGGGAAUAAUGUCGGAUUGCCCCAGGACCCUGAAGAGUAUCUGUGUAUUUAAAGAGGAACAACUGGAGUAACUCGAAUCUCCGGGUAUUGUCGAGUGUGGGAGGCGUUGGAGAGGAGAACUUGUCACACAGGUCCUCGCUAUGGAUCAAUCCGUCGCAAUUCAGGAAACUUUGGAGAGGGGAGAAAACUGCAUCAUAGUAUCCUUUGAGACGUUAAUGCGCUGGUGUAUCGAUUGUCAGCACUUCAAAGGAAGGAUUACCUGCCUCAAACUAAACUGGACUAACUCCGUUGGAGAAUACCAGAGCUCGGAGAGGGGCUUGUGAGAUUAAGGCUCUCGGUUGACAUCUAUCAGUAAAUAGUAGCCUACAGGCUCACUUGGGCUGUGAAUAUAAUCCAGGCGAUGUAUUUACAGUGCGCGUAGUUUACAGCACGAGUGUGUAGCCAAAUCGGGUGUGACUUCCCAAGGAUUUGGGCCAACUUUUGUAGUGAGACGUUUCAUCCACAAGGUGGCAGCUUUGUGUCACCAGCUGCUGCUUUGUCAUAAAGGAAGAGAUAUAGAGCCUUCACUUAAUAACAACAUGAAAAGUACUUUUAAUGCAGCAGACUUGUACAAUGUAAUAUUUGACUAUUAUUGAUGACCACUAGGCUUUAAACAGCAUUUAAAUGUUGUGUAUGGUGGAGGUUAUCUUAACUGUUUUACAUUCUGUUAAGCCGCUUAGCGUAUCCUAUUUUAUAUUCUGCUGAUGCAGUUAAUAUGUAAAUUAUUAAUUUGUAAGGUAACUACAUAUUUCAGAUAAAUGUAAAAAAAACUUGUAUAUAUAUUGUGUAGAGGAAUUAGUAUAAAAUGGAAAUACUCUGGGACAACCUAACACUUGUUAUGCUGUAUUAAAUAUACUUAAAUAAAAAAUAAGUUGAGAUGAGAGUAGGUCAUGGUAAAAUGUGAAAUAUAAGGUGCAACUGAAGGAAAACCCAUGAACAUAUUUCCACUAUAUCCUUAACUAAACUGUAAACAUGCUGUCCAAUGUGACGUCUUCUUUGAUGACCUUACAGAGAGCAGACUGCUGGGAUUGGUGGAGUCUACAAAAGAGCAUGCAAUCUUUAUUUAUACCCAUCGAAGGAUGGCUGUUACUGCUGAUGACGUGUCACUGGAGGACAUCAUACCCAUCUCCCUGGACUUCGCUGUGGUGGAGGUUUCCUCACCAGAUGAACUUGCAGUUGUGGGUGCCGAUACUAAAGUGAGAGUCAGUUACCAGGAAGAGGAAUUAGAGCUCAGACUUCCUUUUGGUUCCCACUCGCGUUUCUUCCUCAGUGAGGUCAACAGGACGUGGAGUGAAGUUUGCAAGUCAACCACACAGACACCCAAGUUUGAAUGGAUCAGCAAGUACCACAAAGCCACCAGAGGCCAGGGAGUUGUCAAGCAGGCCCUUGCCCCCCUCGGGACAACACUCACUAAACUCAACCAGCACCGGAAAACAGAGAAAUCGUCGGAAAAAAAGGGAAGUUCCGAAAAGGAGAAAGGUGCUAACAGCGGCACGCAGAAUUCCAAACAAGCCUAUGCCGUCCCAGAAAGUCGCGAGGACCGGGAUGACCUGGUGCGCUCGUCCAGCCACACCACCUCCAACAAAGCUCAGAUACUGGCCAUGCCUCAGUUCGGCCUGCGAGACAACCUCAUCAAGUGUGAGCUGCUGAAGAAUGAGAACCUUUACACGUACACGGAGGACUUCAGCUUCUUUCUCGGCACAUACAAUGUGAACGGACAGACGCCGAAGGAAAGCCUCCAUCCUUGGCUGAGCUGCACUGCGACCCCUCCUGACAUGUACUGCGUGGGUUUUCAGGAGCUUGACCUCAGCAAAGAGGCUUUCUUCUUCAAUGACACCCCCAAGGAGCUGGAGUGGACGAAGGCCGUCUCGGAGGCCUUGCACCCAGAUGCCAAGUAUGCCUUAGUGAAGUUGGUGCGACUGGUGGGCAUCAUGCUGAUCUUCUAUGUGAAGAAGAAGUAUGCGAAGUUCAUCUCUGAUGUGGAGGCUGAGACUGUGGGCACUGGCAUCAUGGGACGGAUGGGAAAUAAGGGAGCCGUGGCGGUCCGGUUCCGCUUCCACAACUCUGAUAUCUGCGUGGUCAACUCUCACCUCGCUGCCCACAUUGAAGAGUACGAGAGACGUAAUCAAGACUACAAGGACAUAUGCAGUCGUCUCCACUUUCGCCAGCUGGACCCUACCCAGCCUCCACUUACUAUCAUGAAGCAUGAUGUGGUUUUAUGGAUCGGAGACCUCAACUACAGGAUCACUGAGCUUGACGUCUCAAACGUGAAGGAGCUAAUAAGCAAAAAGGACUUUGAGACCCUGCACAAUUAUGAUCAGCUCAAGAGGCAGAUCGAUGAGAAGGCGGUGUUCGUUGGCUUUGUGGAGGGAGAGAUUGAUUUCCAGCCUACCUAUAAAUAUGACACCGGCUCUGACAAGUGGGAUACAAGUGAAAAAUGCCGCGUGCCUGCGUGGUGUGACCGUAUCCUGUGGACAGGGAAGAACAUCAUGCAACAGCAUUAUCAGAGUCACAUGACUCUGAAGACCAGUGACCACAAACCAGUCAGUUCCCUGCUUGUCAUCGGGAUCAAGAAAGUAAAUGCUGAGGUCUAUAAGAAGACCUUUGAAGAGAUCGUACGCAAUAUAGACAAAAUGGAGAAUGAGUGUAUUCCAUCUGUGACUCUGUCCAAGCGAGAGUUCCACUUUAAGGACGUGAAAUACAUGCAGCGCCGGGCAGAGACGCUGAGCCUCCUCAAUGAUGGGCAGGUCCCUUGUCAGUUUGAGUUUAUCCAGAAGCCGAAUGAGUCCACGUACUGCAAGCCCUGGCUCACAGCCGACCCUCCCAAAGGCUUUAUUGCUCAGGGUGGCUCUGUGGACAUUGAGCUUGAGGUUUUUGUAAACCGCUCAACAGCGCCUGAACUUAACUCUGGAAAGGAGCAGAUAGAAGACAUCCUUGUGCUCCACCUGGAGCGUGGCAAAGACUACUUCAUCUCUGUGACAGGGAACUACCUGCCCAGCUGCUACGGCUCCUCCAUCCAUUCAUUGUGCCAACUAAGGGAGCCCAUCCAGGACAUGCCGCAAGAGACCCUCCGGGACAUGGCGGAGAUGGUCGGAGGUGAUAAUGAAGGAAACACUGAAAAGCCUCUCGACAUUCCCAAAGAACUCUGGAUGAUGGUGGAUCACUUGUUCCGCAAUGCACUCAAUCAGGAAGACCUAUUUCAGCAACCUGGGCUCCGAAGUGAAUUUGCAGAAAUAAGGGAUUGCCUUGACACUGGCAUUCCAGAUUCUCUCCCGGGCAGCAACCACUCAGCGGCAGAGGCCUUGCUUCUCUUCCUCGAUGCCCUCCCAGAGCCUGUGGUUCCCUACUACUCUUACCAGCAGUGCCUAGAAAGCUGCUCCAAUGCCAGUCAGUGUGAGAAAGUUAUUUCCAUGCUACCUCAGUGCCAUAAAAAUGUGUUCAACUAUUUAGCUGCCUUUCUCCGUGAGCUGUUGAAGAAUUCUGCUAGCAAUCGACUAGAUGUCAACAUCUUGGCCACCAUUUUUGCCUCCUUGCUCCUGAAGUCACCCACCAAGCAGGAUCUUGCAGAAAAGAGGAAGACUCAGGAGUUCUUUCAGCACUUCCUGGCCCAAGGCUCCUCCUAGAUGGAGGACCCUCCUGUCCUGUAUGCUGAAGCUGAACACUAAAAACUGUACAGUCCAGUAUUUGAAAUAAACCUGAAUGAUUUCUUAGAUGGCUCUUUGUAUAGAUAUGUAGUAUAAUUACAGUGACGGUUCUUAUCUGAUGUUAAUUGUUUCACACACAGCAAGCUUUGUGAUGUGUGAAUGCACAGACUUUAUUGUAUAUCAUUGAGCAUCUGUAGAGACGUAACAAUUUGAAAUGUAUGUAUAUUUUAUUUAAACAAAUAAUUUGUAUUUUAAUGUUUCUGAUCUCAACAGCAAAUUGUUUUUAUACAUAAAAUGGUUGGAGAUAA